ACAGCUGAGCCUGAGUGGGGAUUCUCCGACUAACACAGCUGAGCCUGAGUGGGGAUUCUCCGACUAACACAGAGUCAGUUGGUUAGAGAAAUACAAUUUACAGUGUGCGCCGUUGAAGCAGAUAUAUAUGUAUAAUAGACCAAACAGUUUCAUUACACCCCUGUUGUGCAAUUAUCAACGACUUACUAAAUUACACCCACUGGGUGUGAAGAGUUGACCAGAAUGGGCUGUUUGACCUGUUGCGAUGCCGUGUACCAGAUCCCGACACGGAUUAUGUGCUUCGUCCUAGUAAUGGUACAGGGUGGUAUCCUUGAUUACUACCUUGUCAACAACAAGAACAUCUACUGGUACGCCUGGGUGGCAGCUGAUGUCGCCCUUGGACUCGUCUUUGUCAUGACCUUCAUCAUAUCCUACCGACACCUGAGCGUUGUCCAUCAAUCCCGUGACUCUGCUUCUUCGCCGGUCCAGACAGGUAGCCUCCCUCUCGGCUACUUCGCCUGGUUUGUAUAUUCAUUAUUCCUCGGAGCACGAGUGUUCAUCAUAUACCGAGAUGUCGCUUGGACGUUAAAUGAAACCAAUGUUUUUGGUCCCAACGCCCUCAAGAUAACAGUUUCUGGUACCGGCUUUGUGUUUCUGUUGUUAUUAAUGACACACCACGAUGCCGUUCCUGGUACCACCAGGAAGAGCUACAUAGAGGAACUAACGGGAACUGUUGUGUUUGAUGUGCUCGAUGCAAUCGAUGUCUUAAACAUUUUUUUCAAUAAAUCACAAAUAGACGAGUUACCAGACGAACUGGAGAUCUCAAUCCUUGUCAUUGCGUGUGUGAAUUUUCUUGUGCCUAUUUUCCCGUUGAUGACAUUAAGUCGAAUGCACUAUGGACACAAACCUCUAUCACACUGUCUGUUUGUGUUACACAAACUAAGUCUCGUGUUCCUGAUCAACCUGCCUUUGUUUAUUGUGAGGAUGUUAUUGUGGCAUGUCCACAGCAAUGAUAUAUCCAUAUUUCCCAUGAAAAACCUCAUCAUGAUUUUCCUGGUGUUUCACGACCUUUACGACAAGCGUCGAGCCAGUGCGCGACCAAAACAUGUGAAUUACAUUGAGGAGAAAGACCAGAGCCAGAUAGAAGAACUUGAGGAAAAUAAAGCAAUGUUUACUGUCGAAAGUACUAAAUAGGAUCACUUCAAGAUUUUUGACAAAAAAUAUUUAUUAUGGGAUCCAGAUGUAUUCAAAAUGAUGCCAGAGGUUAAAAGGAAACCUGGCUGCGGGAUUAUGAAUGUGUCUAAUAGACUAUAAUUGUAAGUCAGAAUUUCAAUUGUUUAUUAAUUAUUAUAAUGUUUACAUGCUUCUCUUGGAAACUAGUCAAAACUAGAGAAAGAAUGCAUUUUCACUGAAAUAUGUUUAGAAUAACCCUGAAAAAAAAAAAUCAGAAUUUAUUGUAUAUGGUAAUCAUGGGACCAGAACUGAAGUAUUGAAAAUCUGUAAGCAGCUGUUGUUACUUUUGCAAUUUUGAAUUCAUCCAGUUGAGUUGUUUGGAGGAUGAUCUUAAAAAUGGAAUGAUUUACAGUCGGUAGUUUGAUUUAAGAAAAUAUUAAUUGUGUGAAUUCAUAACCAGAAUCAUUGAAAUGAUACAUGUACGUGUUCUGAGUGUAAGAACUGAGCAGGGCUAGACUGGGAUUCAAACACUGCAAGGGCUCCAGAUUGUUAAACUAUCGUUCUAACCGAUUGGCAAAGUCGUCAUUCAGUUAUAUCCAAUGGAAGUUAAGAGGAGACUAUUGUAUGUACGAAAAAACACACAGUGCAGUGGGACAGGGAUCCUUAAGUACUUAUAGAUGGUUAAAAGUUAACAAGAAAACAAAUAGUUUUUUUAAUAAGGAAAAAAUAAAUCACAUUUCUGAUUUACUUACCAGAUUUUUUCAUAUUUUUUAAUAAUUGUUUUGUUCUGCAAAUAACUGAUAGAAGCUUUGUAGUGUACAAAUUGAGCAUGGACUAGGAAAGAAAAUUAGAUCUGGCCAGAUCAAAUGUGAUCAGUGUGUUAAAUUCGUGAUUUCAAUAAGUUAUAUCCCCCACUUCUAAAGUUCAUGUUGUCUUAAAAGUUUUUAAAGAAAUGUGUUUGUGAUGAAUGAUUACCAAAUAAUACAGUACACAAUAUUCGUUUUCACUGCCGCUGAUAAUCCAGAAAGCUCACAGUCCAGACAAGCUAUGUUUGGAUCUGGUAUCCUUUCUUGUAUAAUUAUACAUAAUUGGUUCGUUUACAUGUAGAACGGAAACUGGAAAUUCAAAUUUGUUUUAGAAACCAUACAGUGUAGUAUUUAAUAUGUUACAUUUACGCUAUGAUUUGUAAGUCCCUAUACAAACACUACCAGAAAACAUUGAGUUUAAAGGGUUAUACAACGGGGAUCAGUGUCAUUUUGAUGUUUCUCUUUGCCUCCCAUAUCAUUAAACCACCAUAAGUUGCAAACAUUUAGGUGAUGUGUGGCUAUUCCAGGAAUAUUGUUUGACUUAUGAUACAUACUUUUCAAUACUGCUGAUAUUGAGGAAUAUUCAUAUCUGAAUCACUAAUCAAUAUAAAUUUGGACCUUUAAACCAUUGAUAUUAAGAGUUCCUUAGAAACCCAAUACUAUAGUACUGCUGAUUAUUGAAGUAUAGAAUCCUAUGCCUAGUGCAUUUGUGUAUACAUUAAUUCUUUGUUACAAUGUCUGCUUUAAAGAUCUGUUUGUUAUAAUUUUGAGUAAUUUAAGCAUUAUCAUUAAUAAUUAUCAUGCUUUUCUUUUGGUUGAAAUUAAAGAUGUCAUUAAAAAUUGAAAAUGCAUUUUAUGGUAGAUAUAAUCUGAUACACUUCAAAAAUUAUGCAGAUGGCAUAUAAACUGAACCAGGUUUAUGAGAUUUGUAUGAAUGUAUUUACGAGUUUGCCAUGACAUAAUCCAGGGGUGCAGAGAAUGUAAACGAAGCGAACAUAACCCCUGGAGUUUCAAGGAUGAUAGCCAAAGGGCCAACACAUUAUCUCCGUCUCCAAGUAGGAUGUGACAGCUUAUAACAUGACAAUGAAAUAACAUUUUGUGGCAUUUUUACUGAUGUUUAUUAGGUAUGGGUGGGCUUAACCAGGUAUGGGAUUAUUUCUGGAAAAAUACAACAAUCAAAUAAACUACGUAAAUUGCAUGGGAAGUAAAAUUUGUUAUGCUAAACUAUGAGCUCUAUGACAGCUAGACUUCAGGAUCAUAAGUAAAAUAAUUGCAAAAAAAUAACUUGAAGUCUUGAACUGAAUAAUAU